AUGGGCCGAAGAAAAAUUGGCAUGGAACUGAUUAAAAACGAAAGAUCUCGAAAUUCGACGUAUCAAAAGAGAAAAAAAGGUUUGGAGAAAAAGGCCGAUGAAUUAUCAACUUUGUGUCAAGUCAAAUUAUGCAUGAUUAUAUACGGUCAAAAAGAUAGCGAACCAACAAUCUGGCCCGAUAAAGACACAAUUCGAAGCUUAAUCGACUCGUACAGAGCCCGAUCAGACGAUGAUCAAAGAUUGAGAACUCAUGAUUUAUCUUUUUACUUCAGAGACUUAACGAGAAAAGUCGAGAUCGAGUCUUCAAAAUUACGCAAAAAGAAUUUUGAGGCUAAAUAUCCAACUUGGGAUCAACUCUAUGAUAAUUUAUCUUCUGAUCAACUCAAACAACUUUCUGCUUUAUUGGGGGCAAAAAUCGAGUUUAUGAAGCAAAGGUUAGAAUUCUUGAAAGGAACACAGACAAUAUCAUUAGACGACAUGCAUGCAAUGAGUUUUCUUGGAAAGCAAAUAACUCAACCAAAUACUCAAUGUGUAAUGCAAAGUUUGGUUAGAAAAAGCAGUUUGCAAUUGGAAAUUAUUGAGCAGCAGCAGCAGCAGCAAUUUGUGCCACCGAUAAAUUUCACGGAGACAGAAAUUAUGCAAUUUGGGCAGCAUCAGAUGAUCCGACGAGAUAAUCAUCAAAGUUCUGGAAUACCUCACUGCACCGCUACCGGUUAUGAGCCACAUCUAGCGAUGUUAAAUACUAGUGGAAAUAUUAUCGAAAAUCAGCAGAGCAGAUUUCUGCUCGAUCCUUCAACCUUUUCGUCUAAACUUCCUCCUUCUUUCUCAACUUCAUCUAUCAUCACGACUGGAACAGAUUCUGCUCCCACUCUUUCUCUUUCUGGUUUAACUAGUCAAGCUGUCAAUCAUGAUGUCAACCACCCCUACUUUCUUCACUCUUCAGAUGCACCUGGAAUGACUCUUGUCACCUCACCCUUUGAUGGAAGAGGAUUCUCAGGGUGGAGAAGAUCGAUCCUAAUUGCAUUAUCAGCCAAAAACAAGCUGGUGUUCAUCAAUGGGGUUUGUGAUGAACCUGCCCUGGAUUCAAAGGAUCAUGCACAGUGGAGUAGAUACAAUGACAUGGUCACCUCGUGGCUCUUAAACUCUCUAACUAAAGAGAUAGAAGACAAUGUGAUUUAUUCCAAAUCUGCAAAGGAACUCUGGAACAGUCUUGAGCAUAGGUUUGGACAAUCCAAUGGAGACAAACUCUAUCACCUACAAAAGAAAAUUGCUAAAACAGUUUAG